AUGGAGUCUUCUCGUACAGCGUCAAGCAUAACAAACGGAACAGGAAAAUCGCGUCGGAGGAACACGGACUAUCUACAAAUCGAUCCCUCCAGCACAUUCAUCAAUAACAGUCGUGGAUUCAACGAAGAGCUCCCGGAAAACUUCUUGGAUACAAUAAGUCCACAUCCAGUAACACCUUCGGCAAGCUCCUCCUCCGAAGACGCUCCAACGAUUGAAGAAGCGCCAACGACGUCAGCGCCAAGUCUAGCUUCUUUGGCUCCGAUGAGUUUGAACACUGAUCAACCAGGAAGCAGUUUCUCUGGCGGAUCCCUCCUAUCGCCUUCAUAUGAACAUAUUAAAAAUGAGCCAGAGUUCUCUGGUAGCACAUCCGGACUUUUGUCUCCUCUAGGCUCACGUCGACGAGAAUCUCAUGAAUUCAGCAGCGAUUUUAUCAAGGAAGAAGAAGACCUAGACGAAGGAAAUCCAUUCAUCGGCGGCAUACGUGCAGACAGUCCACAAAAUGAUCGAUCAGCGGAGCUUGGUAGCAUGCUAUUGAAUGAAGAUCAUCGACCAAUGGAGAGAACUCCAUCGCCACAUAGCUCAUUCGGUUCUGAUCCCACAUCUAUGAUUCAACGCCAAUUGAUUAAAAGUGAAGAAGUUAGACCUUCUGGAUACUCGAAACCGACACCACCACCAUAUGUUAAACCGAGAAAUGGAGCUCGUUUGGAUUUCGAAAAGACUCCAUAUCAGAGAAGUUUGCUCAAUCAGUCGUCUCCAUCCGUCGUCACCAUGGCUUCAUCCAAUUCCAUCGCCGCGUCGUCAAGCAUUCCAACUCCGCCGACCGCAAUUGUUCAGCCGCCACCACGUCGUGUAUAUUCCACUCAAGACUCCAACGACCCACUGAACGCAGAAAUCGGAGACGAUAUAUACAUCGACACCAGAGAUCUGUGCAAGAGAAUAGCGUUCGAGUUGAAGAACCACUCGAUUCCACAGGCCAUAUUCGCUGAAAGAAUAUUGUGUCGCAGUCAGGGAACACUUUCCGACUUGCUUCGCAAUCCGAAACCAUGGAACAAGCUAAAGUCCGGUCGUGAAACGUUCCGGAGAAUGUACAAUUGGGUUUCUCAGCCGCUUGACACUCGACUCGCCAUACUCGACAUGAAAACAGAAGAAGUGGGUCGAGCAUCUGGAAUGUCUCCUCCAACUCCAGCUCAAAACGUGCGCACUCACAGAAGAUCUACCUCCGACCACGAUGGGCAAACUUCGAAGCGCCCUCGUCUCGUAUUCACGGACAUACAAAAAAGAACGCUUCAGGCGAUUUUCAAGGAGACUCAACGACCAUCUCGUGAGAUGCAGCAAACGAUUGCCGAGCAUCUUCGUCUCGAUCUCUCCACAGUUGCCAACUUCUUCAUGAACGCUCGUCGACGCAGUCGCCUCGGUGUCGGCAACGAUGAACCGGCGCCGUAUCAACAGGUUCGGAGCAUAACUCCUCCUCCUGGCGCUGAUGGAAAUCCGCUAACGAAUGGCGACGAUCAUCUACCAUUGCUAAACAGCGUGAUGGCGCACAUGUACAAAGGCGAGGCAAGUACAUGUUCUGCCGAUCAGCAAUUAGUGGAGCGUGGAUUCGGAGGUCCAGUUGGCAGUCAAAAUCAUUCAACCGUCGGAAGAAUGCUCCAGAAUGGACAUUCUCAUAACGAAGAAGACAUUGAUUUGGACGAAUUGAAUGACGAUGAGCUGGCCUACGAGGAAGACGUAGAGAUUGGAGAAGAGGAAGACGAAGAUGACGUUCGAGCCAACGGAGACACUCUCCCGCCUCCGAAAGAAGAACACGUGGCAGAGAAGGCUGUUAUUAAAGAAGAAGCGCCAGACGACGAUGAGUACGGUGCAGCUGCUAAAUUGACUUGA